AUGCACGCCUCUAUUAUUACUAUCGUUACUGUUAUUGCUGGAUUCGGCCUUGCUGCGCCUACCGCGCAGCCGGAAAAGAGGUGGAAUUAUGGUGAUAUGAUGGCCCAAGCUGCUGCUAAUGAUGCUGCUGUCUAUGGCAAAGCGAACAGCGAUGCAUGGAUGAAGACGCACGGCGGCGAUUGGUGGAACAAUCAAGGAAAGUACCAGAAAUGGAAUCCUAUGCCCGAUUCUACAAACUGGAACACAAACAACUGGAACAAAUACUGGAACAACUAA